GGUCCGGGCGUCUCUGGCCCCGUAUCGCCGUCAGACGGACUAUACCUGAAAGAGAGACCCCAGUCAACAAAAAAGUGGGAAAGAAUGGCAUCCUCAAACGAUCUACAGGAAAUCAUUAAACAACAGGAAAUCAUUAAACCGAUAAUUCCCUAUGUUGGGACCAUUUCUGAGCAGUUGGAGCCUGGAAGUUUGAUUGUACUACGUGGGCAUGUUCCUAGUGACGCGGACAGGUUUCAGGUGGACUUUCAGUGCGGCAGCAGCGUGACUCCUCGGGCAGACGUGGCCUUUCAUUUCAACCCACGGUUCAAAAGGGCCAACUGCAUUGUUUGCAACACUCUGAAAAAUGAAAAGUGGGGCCGAGAAGAGAUCACCUAUGAGAUGCCUUUCAAGAAAGAAGAAUCUUUUGAGAUUGUGAUCAUGGUCCUGAAUGACAAAUUCCAGGUGGCUGUCAAUGGAAAACACACCCUGAACUAUGCCCACAGGAUCAGCCUAGAGAAGAUCGACACGCUGGGCAUUUACGGCAAAGUGAUCGUUGACUCUGUGGCUUUCAACUUCGGCUCUGUCAGUGCCCUUCCGUGGCGGGGAUCCUUUUAUGAUGUUUUCUGAUGAAAUGGAAGGACAUAUCUUUUUUGGUUGUUUGGAUUUUGGUUGUGUUGGGUCUUUGUUGCUGUCUGCAGGAUUUCUCUACUUGUGGUGAUAGGAGCUGCUCUUCGUUGUGUUACGUGGGCAUCUCAGUGCAGUGGCUUCUCUUGUGCAGAGCACGGGCUCCAGGCACACAGGCUCUCUGCGCACACAGGCUUCAGCAGUUGUGGUGUGUUGGCUCAGUAGUUGUGGUGCACGGGCUUAGUUGCUCCAAACCUUAUGGGAUCUUUCUGGACCAGGGAUCGAAUCUGUGUCCCCUGCAGUGGCAGGUAGAAUCCCAACCACUUUGGCACCAGGGAGGUCCAGCAGACAUCUUUAAUGAACACUUUUUGAGGGAAAACAUGUUCCUCAUGUUUUCAUGAGGGGACUAAAUAUGUCCCUCAUUAGUGUGUUAAUUUCUUGGAAGUAAAUCUUUCAGACUAGUCGGAUGUUAAUCCUUGACCAGGGCUUUCUUCUGGGUGGGAUCUCAAAUCAAUCAUGGUUCUAACAAAAAACUCAAACUGGCAACAACAAAACAAAUAACCCUUUCUAGCUGGAGAUGGGGUGUUUACUUGAAGUGGGAACACACUGGAGUAGGUCUCUAAGAUUGUUUCCUAGAAGUGGGCUGUCCGCGUCAAAGGGUAUUUGCAUUUUAAGUUAUGAUUGAAAUUGCUAACCUGCCCUCCCAAAAGAGUAACACAAAUUACAGUCUCAAGAUCUGUAUUCAUUUGCUCACAUUCUUGACAUUCGUUCUGAUUCUCAGCCUAUUAAUUAUCGUCAGUCUGUGAUCCACAACAACAUUUUCCAGCUCAACCAGUCAUGACCCUUUUGAGUUCUGCAUCUUGUUCCAAUUUACAAUUAACUGUUCAUUGACCAGCAUUUUAUGACCUGUCGGCCGCAGACUUGAAAGUUAGGCACUGCAUCGCUGGACAUGAACCAUUUCUUACUUUGACUUAAGUGACAUAGAUGUACCUUGUCAAUGAACACGCUUGAUUUCCGAAGUCUUCUUUAAGGUGUGAUGUAAAAUGUGCGUGAGACAGAGGAUGAAGAAUAGCGGGAAAGGGGCAAAAAUCCCACAGGAAAAUCCAUUCUUCUGCUUGUGGGUGUGGGGCAGUAUUACCUAUCCACUGACACCUAGUCACCAAGAGAAGUUGCCAUCUGUCUAAACUCGACUUUCAGCAGGCCCUUGUGACUCAGUACCUACUCAGUAGAUGUCUUUAAGGCAAAGGUUUUCAACCCUGCUGCACAGUAGACUUUUCAGGAGCGCGUAAACAUUCCCUUUCCCGCCUGCACCCCAGACCAAUGAAAUAAGGAUGUCGGUGGGUGGGACCAGGCAUCAGGAUUCUGUGAAUCUCUGCAGGGAUAGUGGGGUAAAGGGGGUGAGAGGGUUCCAUUGUGUGGCCAGGGUUGAGAACCACUGCUUUGAAAGGGCUGUUGGUUACGGUUCCUUACCCGCAGCUCAUAAUUCUUUGUUGCAGACUUACCAUGCGCUAGGAUGAGGCUUUAAGGGAUGAUCUCAUUGAAUCCUCUCAGCAGCCUUAUGAAAUAGGUAUCGCUGUCCCUGUUCAGAGAGGGAGGCCAUGGCCUCAGCAAGCUCAGUACCUGUCCAGGCUGCACACCUGCCCCGUGUCCGCUUGUAUUGACAGUCGGUCAGCACGCAUCUAAAGCUCCUGUGGAUCAUUGCCGUGGUACUCAGGGUGCUCCUUCUCCAUAGCAACCAGGCAUCUCUCUUCUGCCUUGUACAUGCUCAGCACUGAAGAACUUGCACUUUGUCUGAAAAUCGCUAGAUGGCUCUUCAUAGGCUGCCCAGAGGUUUCUGAUUUGACUUUCUCUGUGUCCCAUUCUUCAUUCACUUGAUUUACUCAGCAGACAUUAUUGAGUGCCUGCUGUGUGCCUGGAAUGAAGUGAUGACAUCAGACGUCUAAGUGCCUUUCCUCUUGGAGCUUAUCUACUAGUGGGGACGGUCAAUAAACACAAAUAAGGAAUUUCAUAUGGUGGUAGGUGCCUUGAGGAAAAUAAACGAGUACAGCGGGUUUUGCCUGCAGAGGAAGGAUGGUGCUUUAGCUAAGAAGGAGCACCGGGGUCUAAAUAAUGCAGAGCCAGCCAGCCAUGUGGAGAUCUGAGGAAGGAGGACUCCAGGGGGAAGAGCUAGCUGGUGCAAAGGUCCUGAGGCAGCAUUGAGCUUCGUGUUCUGGGGACAAGUGUGGGCAGUGAGGAGCAGUAGGGAAGGGGGUGAGCUGGGAGGUGUCAGCAGAGGCCAGACGACACGGGGACUCUUCUUUCCAUCUACUUAAGAAAUAAUUGUAAACCUAGCCUCAUUAAAUAACAUUUGCAUAAGACUUGACAACAA